AUGGUCUACACAGGCAAGCCUUCCAAAAGCUGCGAAGCCUGCAGGCUGCGGAAGCGGCGCUGUGACAAAGGUGUUCCCGGAUGUGGACAGUGUCGUCGCCAAGGCACAGAAUGUCCUGGUUACCGCGACCCGUUGAGUCUGGCUUUCAGGAACCAGACUGCCCAUGGUACAUCACCUGCCUCGUCGGAUGGCGGGUCCGACAAGUCUUCAAACAACUCAGUGGUGGUUCCUUUCUUUUCACGGGCCCCCUCGCUGCACUUCCAGAUGGAUCUGGACCUGGCGGACUUGGGGCUCACGUACUUCCAAGAAAAUUAUGCAACCGGGCACAUGGAGAGUUACGAGACCUUCAUGACGGUAGCUCCAAAAGUGCUGGCCACCGACCGGGAUCCGACGGCCAUGACGUCCGCGAUCCAUGCGAUCUCGCUUGCAGGCAUCGCCAACUCUGCCGGAGCCCAGGUUGACCAGGCUGGCCUGUCACGCCGGGCGUGGUCGAAGUAUUGCACCGCUUUGCGAGCUGUCAAUCAGUUACUGACGGACCCCGUGCUCGCCUGUAAGGACAGUACCCUAUUCGCCAUCCUGUUGCUGUCCAUCUUUGAGGCCGUCACCUGCUCAGGCCCCGCUUCCGUCUCGGCCUGGAAACGGCACAUUGAUGGUGCCUCUGCUCUGAUCGCCCAGCGAGGCCUUGCUCAGUUUGAGCGCGACAUUGGCCGCCUGGCGUUCCGCGAGACUCUCGUACACAUCCUCACCUCAUGCUACCGGCUGCAGGUCCCCGUGCCGCCCCAGAUUCUGGCGAUGCGGCGCGAGUUUGAGAGACGGCUUGGCCCCCAGGACACGAUAUGGCUCAUGAGCCAUGCUCAUAUGGACGCGCUCGAUCUAUGGCAGCGUGCUGUUGCGCAGGAAUGGCCAUUGCCUGCGGCAUUGUGGGAAUCGUUACUUCUCGAGGGCAUUGAACUGGACCGGCAGAAUGUCGCCAUCUUCGACCAGUACCUCGACUUCUGCGGCCUCGAGCGCGGCUUCAGAACCAUGUUCAACCCUCGUGCCGAUCCUGCCCUUGUCUAUGAGGGGGCAUACCACGUGUACCCAAACAUGCGGCUGGCUCGACUGUGGACAGGGACACGGACGAGUCGCAUCCUGGUCAAUCGUCUGAUCCGGGCGUUGGCGAUUGAGACGGAACCGGGGGCCUCGUUUGGGGCAAUUGGGAUGUCGCAAGCGCAGCUGAUCAAGACCCUAGACCACAAGCUGUACGACCUUGCCACGAGCUUGAUUGCCACGGCGCCGCAGCUGCUGGGUUACCUGGAUGCUGACGGGUCGGUGCUACCUCUGGACGUGGCCAAGCCCAAUGUUGGCGGCGGCUACCAGGCCAUCUUCCAUCUGUAUCAUGCAGGGCAGCUGCCGGUCACGGACGAGCCCGCGCGGCUGUGGGUGAUCAAACAGCUGCGGAGGAUCGACUCCCAGACAGGCAUCCGCAAGGCUGGGUUCCUUGCAGACCUGCUAGUGCAGGAAGGCCGCUUGAAGCACUAG